UGCGAAUCCAUCGCCAGCCUUGACAACCCUUUUCCCUCGUCCCUGCUCAGAGUUAAUAUCAUUUAUAUUUACCAAUUCGCCAUUUGCAUCCUGCCAAGUGUUCUGUCACCCUUUGCUUCUCAGGGAGAUCCCGCCCGGUCCCGCAGCCCCUGAGUCCUAUCGCCGGGUGAAUUGUCGAGUUGGAGUAGGUUCUGAGUCGAUAUCACGUCCAUGAAGGUCUCAUAUUCCUAAUUUUGUCGAAAUUCCUUGCUGUUCGCUCGGUAUCAGGUUGUACAGUGGCCUGGUAUCAGCUUUCCUAGGGACUUGGACCUGCCACAUCCUUGCCUCCCUGGUCGCUUCUCGGAUUCCGGUAGCAUAUUUGCAAAGUUUCCGCAAUGGAGGGUCAGACUGAAAAUGAUGAGCUCUUCCCUAUUGCCGUUCUCAUUGAUGAGUUGAAGCACGAUGAUGUUGUUCUUCGUCUGAAUGCCAUACAUCGCCUCUCCACUAUUGCGUUGGCCUUGGGGCCAGAAAGAACGCGGGACGAGCUCAUUCCCUUCCUUGAUGAUUCCGUCGAAGAUGAAGAUGAGGUCUUGACCGCACUAAGCGAAGAGCUGGGUAACUUCAUAGAAUACGUUGGUGGUCCGGAGUAUGGGCACGUGCUACUUUCUCCGCUGGAGAAUCUGGCCGCCAUCGAAGAACCAUUGGUUCGGGACAAGGCCGUUGAGUCUCUCAAUAAGAUCUGCAACGAGCUCUCAGAGAAACAAAUUGAAGACUAUUUCGUUCCUAUGGUGUUCCGCCUUUCGAAAGCAGACUGGUUUACUUCGAAAGUUUCCGCAACUGGUCUUCAUGCUGCCCCGUAUGCGAAAGGUACUCCAGCACUGCGACAAAGUCUUCGGCAAAAUUUUGGGGGAUUGGUGCAUGACGAGACGCCGAUGGUGAGAAGGCAAGCGGCAAACAACCUUGCAAAGUUUGUCAAGGAGAUGGAUUCACCCGUUAUCAUUGACGAGAUGAUACCGCUAUUUCAAUAUUUGGCAGGCGAUGACCAGGAUAGUGUACGCCUACUUACGGUUGAUAUCCUUAUUUCAAUUGCGGAGAAAAUACCCAAGGAUCAACAGCCCAGCCACGGUGUUUUGCUGACAUCUUUGCGGAGUCUAUUCGAAGAUAAAAGCUGGAGAGUCAGAUAUAUGGUUGCCGACAGAUUCGAGAAGAUCGCGAAAGCUGUGCAUGAAGAGGUAGUUACUCGCGACAUGGUGCCCGCUUUUGUUAAGCUUUUAAAGGACACAGAAGCAGAGGUUCGCACAGCCAUCGCUGGGCAGAUACCAGGCUUUUGCAGCUUGAUCGACCGAGACACCCUUCUUAACGAAGUUAUGACUACCAUUGAGGAUCUCGUUUCAGACCCUUCCCAGCAUGUCCGUGCUGCUCUGGGCACUCAGAUAAGCGGCCUUGCACCUAUCCUUGGAAAAGAACAGACUAUCGCCCAUCUUCUCCCUAUGUUUCUUCAGAUGCUCAAGGAUGAAUUUCCUGACGUUCGCCUGCACAUCAUUUCCAAGCUGGAGUCUGUCAACAAGGUGAUCGGUAUUGAGUUACUCUCCCAAUCACUGCUUCCCGCUAUUGUACAGUUGGCAGAAGAUAAGCAGUGGCGUGUCCGCCUAGCUAUUAUUGAAUAUAUUCCUCUCCUCGCCAGUCAGUUGGGUGUCAAAUUCUUUGAUGAACAGCUCAGUGAUCUCUGCAUGGGAUGGCUUGGUGAUACAGUUUUCUCUAUCCGAGAGGCAGCCACGCAGAACUUGAGGAAGCUAACUGAGGUGUUCGGGGUAAACUGGGCCAAGGACUCCAUUAUUCCGAAGGUUAUGGCAAUGGGACAACACCCGAAUUACCUCUACAGGAUGACAACAUGCUUUGCUAUUUCUACCCUGGCGCCUGUCGUCACUCUAGAUGUCAUCGAGACUUCGAUUCUACCGAUUUUGGACAGACUCGUCACAGACGAGAUCCCUAACAUUCGGUUCAAUGUCGCCAAGUCUUACGCGGUGCUCAUUGACACGCUACGGCGCAUUCCGGCAGACAAGACUCUUUCUGAUAUAGAGAAGUCAGGUGAAGCCGUUACGCCGUCGCCACGUGGCCAGGAAAUCAUCCAGCAGAGGAUCCUGCCCAUUCUGGAGAAGUUGCAGGAAGAUGAAGACGUUGAUGUUCGAUAUUUUGCCACAACCGCCGCAGCUGGCCAUGCUGAGGUUAUGCAGACGUCGCCGUAGGCUAUUGAAAAGAUAUAUUUCUGAUGGAACCGUGCUUCAUUUACACUGUAGAUGGAGCUCUUAUGAUCUGAAUUGUGCGAUGCUCCUGCAAACGUUGCACCUGGCUCAUCAUGUUGAUUUAGAUAAACGGCAGCAUUUGACAAAUGGAAUGCUCCGCGGCGUUUGAAUGUAGAAUCUCAAUGCAAAUCAAUAAUGCGAGACGUUCGAAUGAAGGAUUAGAAUAGAGGAUUAGGUUCUGUGUGCG